AGCAGAUCGUGCAUUGCAUUUGCAUUUGAAGAGCAGCUCGCUCGCUAGCUAGCAGGGAGAAGGAGAAGAUCAAGCAAGCAAGCAUGAUGAACCAUCGGGAGCUGCCGUACCACCUGAGCAACACGGUGCUGGGCUACCUGAACCUGCUCACGCUGCUGGCGUCCAUCCCCAUCAUCGGCGCGGGCCUCUGGCUCGCCCACGCCGCCUCCACCACGCCGGCCACCACGUGCCAGUCCGCGCUCCAGGGCCCGCUCCUCGCCGUCGGCUUCGUGGCAUUCCUCGUCUCCCUGCCGGGCUUCAUCGGCGCGCGCUACCACGUCUCCUGGGCGCUCUGGCUCUACCUCGCCGCCCUGCUCCUCCUCGUCCUCGCCCUCCUCGGCGCCACCGCGUUCGGGCUCGCCGUCACGGCGGGCGGCGGCGGGACGCAGGUGCCGGGAAGACCCUACCGCGAGUACCACACGCGGGACUACUCGGCCUGGCUCCGGCGGCACGUGGCCGACGAGAAGUACUGGCGCCCCGCGCUGGCGUGCGUGGCCAGCUCCAGGGCGUGCCGCGAGGUGGCCGGCUGGACGCCGGAGGACUACAUGCGGCGCGACCUCACGCCGGUGCAGUCCGGUUGCUGCAAGCCGCCCACCUCCUGCGUCUACGGCGACGGCGAGCUGGCGGUGACCGCGGUGCAGGACGAGGACUGCUACGCGUGGAGGAACGACCCGGCGGUGCUCUGCUACGGGUGCGAGUCGUGCAGGGCCGGCGUGAUGGAGCAGCUCCGCCGCCACUGCCACAACCUCACGAUACUGAACGCCGCGCUGCUGCUCGUCCUCAUCGCCGUCUGCUCCGGCGGGUGCUGCGCGUUCCGGAACGCGAGAAGGGCGGAGUACGCCUACGGCGGCGGCAGGAUGUCCAAGAUCCAUCCACGCUGGGAUUACUUCUGUUUCAGGUCGAGGUGGUGGCGUGGCCACAGAGAACAGAUCUAUUGACUAGAGAAUUCUGGUGGUUCGAUCAGUUGCCUCAACCCUCAAGUAAAGGAAAGACAGAUUUUGUUGUAGUUUUUGUAUGGAGAAAUAAUUGGUACAAAGUAUUUUUUUUUGUCUUAGUUUGCGCUA